AUGAACGUCAACAAGAGAUUCGACCGCUUCAAGCAAUGGGCCGGGGAGAGAAUGGGCGGCGAAGUUAAGACCAGUGUCUCUGACGACUUCAAAGCCCUGGAGACAGAAAUGGGAGUGCGCCACGAAGGCAUCGACCGUAUCCACAAGUCCAUGACCGCCUAUGUCAAGUCUGUAUCCAAGCGCAGUGAAGGGGAUGACAAGGAGAAGACAUUGCCCAUUGCGCACUUGGGUGGUAGCAUGAUUACCCAUGGAGAGGACUAUGAUGCGAAUUCCGAAUAUGGACGCUGCCUUACCAUGUUUGGAAGGGCAGAGGAGCGUCUUGCCCGGAUUCAGGAAUCUUAUAUCGCCCAGGCGACAUCGACCUGGCUUGAGUCCUUGGAGCGCUCUCUUACUCAAUUGAAAGACUACCAGACAUCCCGCAGAAAACUAGACACUCGGCGUCUGGCGUACGACACAUCUCUUUCAAAGAUGCAGAAAGCAAAGAGAGAAGAUUUCCGUGUGGAGGAGGAGCUGCGGACCCAAAAAGUCAAAUACGAGGAAGCCAACGACGAUGUGCACCGUCGCAUGCUUGACAUCAAACACUCGGAACCUGAAAAUAUCAUGGAUCUUCAUGCCUUCUUGGAUGCUCAGUUGAGCUAUCAUGAGCAAUGUAGGGAAGUGCUCCUUAGGUUGAAGAACGAAUGGCCUUCUGAGCAAUAUGCGACCCAGCCGUCGAACGGUCAUCGUGGAACCCGCUCUCGAUCGAACACGGCCCAUUCAUACCAUGACCGGUUUGAGCCUUUGCACGAAGAGCACAGCAAUAGUGUCGAGGCACGGCCGGUUAUUAGAUCUAACACGCACAGCUUCUCUGAAUCACCCGUCAGAAAAGCCUAUGCGCAAGAGACUUCCCCGCAUCGACCUGUCCUGAACCGCACCUCGACGUUUGAAGGCUCUACACCGUUGCGACAGGUUCACGAGCAUCCUGUCGCCGCUCAAAGCGCAACGCGUGCGAACAGCGAGAACUUCAUGACAAGGAGGAACAGCAUCCAGGCCCGUCCUAUCAGCCGAGUGGUCCCCGAACCCGCAGAGGAUGUUGGUUACCACAGUGGAAGCGUGUCUGAUCGCUCGGACAACGGCUGGACCGAAUCUCGCCAAUCGCCAUUUGGUAGCACAGUUUCGAGAAGGACUAGCUCGAGCACACUGAACAGCUUUGCACAUAAGAAAGCACCUCCUCCACCACCACCCUCGCGCGCAAAGAAACCAGCACCACCACCUCCGAUGAAGCGCCCCAUACUCAGCACAGCUCAGAUGUGA